AGGGGGAGGGGAGGCCGGAUGUGAGUGGAGCGGCCAUUUCCUGUUUCUCUGCAGUUUUCCUCAGCUUUGGGUGGUGGCUGCCGCUGUGCUUCGCCUUCCAGUCCACUGAGGGCCAGGCGGCGUGAACAGCGGUCCCGGCACUCGGCGCCCCGCCGCCCGCAACCUCGCACCCGCCCGCCCGCCCCGCGCUUCAGCCCGCCGCUUCCCGCCUCAGUGACCGGCCGCCGCCGCCGCGGCCCACGGAGCGGCCCAGAUGCAGGCCAUCAAGUGUGUGGUUGUGGGAGACGGAGCUGUUGGUAAAACUUGCCUGCUCAUCAGUUACACAACCAAUGCAUUUCCUGGAGAGUACAUCCCCACUGUCUUUGACAACUAUUCUGCCAAUGUUAUGGUUGAUGGAAAACCAGUGAAUCUGGGCCUAUGGGACACAGCUGGGCAAGAAGAUUAUGACAGAUUGCGUCCCCUCUCCUACCCACAAACAGACGUGUUCUUAAUUUGCUUUUCCCUUGUGAGUCCUGCAUCAUUUGAAAAUGUCCGUGCAAAGUGGUAUCCUGAAGUUCGACACCACUGUCCCAAUACUCCCAUCAUCCUAGUGGGGACGAAGCUUGAUCUUAGGGAUGAUAAAGACACUAUUGAGAAGCUGAAGGAGAAGAAGCUGACGCCCAUCACCUACCCACAGGGGCUGGCCAUGGCGAAAGAGAUCGGUGCUGUCAAAUACCUGGAGUGCUCAGCACUCACACAGCGAGGACUCAAGACAGUGUUUGAUGAAGCUAUCCGAGCGGUUCUCUGUCCACCUCCUGUCAAGAAGAGGAAGAGAAAAUGCCUGUUGUUGUAAAAUGUCUGAGCCCCUCGUUCUUGGUCCUGCCCCUGGAACCUUUGUACGCUUUGCUCAAAAACAAAAACGACAACAACAAAAAAAAACAAAACAAACAAAAAAAAAACGGUGGAGCCUUCGCAUUUGA